AUGAAGACGCAGAACAUCAGGACCGUCUCUCUCAUCCUCUCCAUUGUUUUCUACCUGCUCAUAGGAGCCGCCGUCUUUGACGCGCUGGAGUCAGACAGCGAGAGUUCAAGGAAGAAGGCACUGGAGCAGAAGCUGAACGAGCUGAAGAACAAGUACGGCUUCAACGAGGAUGACUACAGAGAGAUUGAGAGAGUGGUCGUACAGUCGGAGCCGCACCGCGCAGGGAGGCAGUGGAAGUUCGCCGGAUCCUUUUAUUUUGCCCUCACUGUCAUCACCACGAUCGGUUAUGGCCACGCUGCCCCACGCACUGAUGCUGGCAAGGUCUUCUGCAUGUUUUACGCUCUCCUGGGCAUUCCUCUGACGCUGGUCAUGUUCCAGAGCCUGGGCGAGAGGAUCAACACUUUUGUCCGCUACCUCCUGCGCAGAACCAAGCAGUGCCUGAGCUUACAGGAGACAGAGGUGUCCAUGGGGAACAUGGUCCUGGUGGGUUUGUUGUCGUGCAUGAGCACCCUGUGUAUCGGAGCUGCAGCCUUCUCCCAUUAUGAGGACUGGACCUUCUUUGAUGCCAUGGAGGGGGGCACCAGCUGUAUGAAUCUCCUCCCCUCUCCUACAGAGGAGAGCAGACUUAUUUCACCUGAGCACUCAAAGCUCUCUGAACCAAGCAGACUCAGGGCCUUGUUCACCUGCAUGUGCUGUGGCCCGGACGUUUAUGUCAGCCCCUCUCCGUCUCAUCAUGAGGAGGCGGGCGGCCACAGCAACCCUGUCUUUUACAACUCCAUCUCCUACAGGGUGGACCGGGCCUCGUGCAGCUCCUGCACCGCAUCUUUAGAGGCCUCCCCCUGCAGAGUAGCUCUCUGUAAGAACAAUCCUCACACCAGGAGGAAGUCAUUAUAA